AUGGUGACUGCUGUUGUUGCUGCUGCUGCUGCUGCCUCCACGUUGAAUGCGGCUGCUGUUCCUGCAGAUGGCACGGCCACCGUCACCGCCACCUAUGCCUCGGCUGCUGUUGCUGCCGAUGCCACGGCCACCGUCACUGCCACCUAUGCCUCGGCUGGUGAUGCUGCCGAUGCCACGGCCACCGUCACUGCCACCUAUGCCUCGGCUGGUGAUGCUGCCGAUGCCACGGCCACCGUCACUGCCACCUAUGCCUCGGCUGGUGUUGCUGCCGAUGCCACGGCCACCGUCACCGCCACCUAUGCCUCGGCUGCUGUUGCUGCCGAUGCCACGGCCACCGUCACUGCCACCUAUGCCUCGGCUGGUGAUGCUGCCGAUGCCACGGCCACCGUCACACCUAUGCCUCGGCUGGUGAUGCUGCCAAUGCCACGGCCACCGUCACACCUAUGCCUCGGCUGGUGA